GUAAUCUGAUACGGACGUCACUAAUGGUUUUCCCUUUUCAAUUAAUUGGGUUUUUGUUAUGAAUUUAUGAUUCACUUCACAGUACAGUCGAAUUAGUCAUAGAACUCAUAGGAGUUGUGGAUACGUUCAAGUCGAAUUAUAUUUGUUUUGUGGCUUAUAUAGUGUCUAAUUUGAUCAACAAGAUGUCGUUGUACCCGUCUUUAGAGGACAUGAAAGUGGAUACCAUGGUCAGGGCUCAAAUGGCGCAGCAUCAGGCGCCACCGUCUUACAGCCUUCCUCCAGCGGCUCCCAUGCCUAGCCAUAUGCCCAGCCAUCCCAGCGCUCCUUCUGGACAUGUUUAUCCGGCUCUUGGUGAAUACAUGGGCCUCGAAUUAUCAUCCGACAUAAUAGCAUUGAAUAUGCCUGAAUACCAGCUCCAACCAAUGCAUUCGGGUGGGGCAGUUACAGCUGUCAGCAACUUUAUUGCACCAUUGUCAUCUCAAUCAACUACAUUGGCAAAGGCAACAGUUACUCAGGCUAUAAGGCCAGUUGUACUGUGCAAGGACAGAGAUGGAAAAUGUGGAGUGAGGCUUCACUCUGUAAAUAAUGGUGUGUUUGUGUGCUAUGUGGCUGCGAACAGCCCAGCAGCAUUGGCUGGAUUGAGAUUUGGUGAUCAGAUUUUAGAAAUCAACAAUAUAGCACUGGCUGGUAUGACUAUGGAUCAAUGUCAUGCUCUUCUGAAGAAAUCUCCUAACAAUGGAAUUUCUAUGGCUGUUCGGGACAGGCCCUUCGAGAGGACCAUAACUUUACACAAGGAUUCUCUCGGCCAUGUUGGAUUCCACUUCAAAGAUGGCAGGAUUGUAGGACUGGUUAAAGACUCAUCUGCUGCUCGCAAUGGCUUGCUAACAGAUCAUCAGCUAUUGGAAAUUAACACGAUAAAUGUUGUGGGGAUGAAAGAUAAGGAAAUAUCAAGACUUAUUGAAGGCAGUCCGUCUGUUGUGAACAUCACUAUAAUACCUUCCUACAUAUAUCAGCAUAUGAUAAGCAAGAUGUCAUCGUCAUUAUUUAAAGAACUGGAUCGCACACCCGCCGUAUAAACACAGUAAUAUCAAUAUUAUGACUUCAGAUAAAAAAGGUAGAUAGAACAACUGGUUUUUAAAUAAAACCGGAAAGCCAAUACUGAAAUGCCAAGGAUCGCAUUCUGCACAGCUAAUCUAUUUUAAUAAUUAUCUAGCCAUUUUAAAUAUCGAAGUUGAUAUGUGUUUGCUCUAUGCUCUGUCUAUCUUUUUUUCUACUAUUGCAAGCAAAGUCCAAAAAUCACCGUGCAUUUAGAGUAAAAUUAAAUAAAAAUAUACAACAUUUAUAUGUGUACUGUUACCAAAAGUCUGAAUUUUUGCACAUACUAAAAGGACUUUGCUCAGAGAUUAAAAUUUUAAACCAAAAAUUAUAUGAAACUUAUUAUCUCAAACUUUUUAUGUCACACUUUAGGAUGAUAAAUACAAUUUUAAGUACACAAUUGGCACAGUUUUCAUCUAUAGUUGCAAUUAUACGGGAUGUAACGUAAAUGCGGGGGAAUCAUCAUGUUUCAGUCACUGCUUUUCCCAUAAAAAUGACAGCAGCAUUUUUCAAGAAAGUCCUAGUGUAUAUUGCAGCUACAUUGGGCAAUGCUAAGGAUCUGUUAUAAUUAUGAUCUUAUGACAAUUUUGUAUGGACAACAAUUUUUUUGGGAACCUGUUUUCAUCAGUUUUCUUGGAGGAGUUUUUUUCAUUUCUAUGGGUAGACUUGGUAUUUAAUAAUGACCCCUCUUUUCCGUUACCUCCUGUAUGUUAUUUUUUAUAUUUGCAUUAUUGUAAGUGUUUCCUUAUACAAUUAGAUUUAUUUAAUGUUAAGUGUACUGUCGUUAUAUUUGUAGUGCUUGUAUAGUCAGUAAGGGCUGUGAAGAGAUGCCAUUUUGAUUGAUAUGAGUGGAACUAAGUCUUGUGUGUCAUGAGUUCGAAGACGACACCAAGUUUGUGGAACUGAUAGGUACAAGGGGCCUGCCGUCAUCUUUUAGAGAAUGUUGGAUGUACUGUAGGAGAUACGGAACUACGUGGCAUCAGCCUUUGAGAGGUAUCGGUAGGCCCGCAGAUAAGUGUUAAAACAUUUUUUUAUUGAUGUCGUACAUGUUUAGCUAGAAGGUAAUCUUUCUCGACUUGAAAAAUAGAUUGUUAGUACAUUUGUUACAUGACGAUAUUAAAAAAGUUUACUAAAUUACGUAUAAAUGUGUCAAAAGACUUUCACUUCAAUAAAGUGUAUGCUUAGAGUUCUUCUACUUGUGAUGACGUAGUUACAAUAGGUUUAUCAGAGUACAUUCCUUAUG